GGCGUCGGCGGCGUCGGCGGCGGCGGCGUCAUGAAGCUGGUGGUGGCUCUGGGUGGCUCUGGGAGGGCGGCGGCGGUGGUGUGGGCGCGGGCACAGGGCACAGGGCACAGGGCAGCAGCGCUAACGGGCGCGCCAGUCAGAGGCCUUGUGCAUGUCCUGUCCUGUCUGCCAAAGCCGCUCCCUUGCUCAAGCCGCCCCAGACGGACCUAG